AGCUGGUGUGGGAGCUGAAGAGGAAAAAGAAAAGGGAGGAGGGUGUGGGGGCGGGGCAGGAGGCUGCCCCUACCCUGCGUGGUGGGUGCUGUCCUGAGCGCCUGGCCCACCAGGGCUGGAGAGGUUGCCCAGCAGGAAGACACACACCCUCUUGGCCUUCGCAGGCCUUCACACUGACAGGGGAGUCAUUUGGGGGGCUGACUGACUAAGCGAGCACCUUAUGGGUGCUAUGGGUGCUACUGUGUGCCUGGCACCCAUAUCACACGCUCUAACCCGUGGUUGAAAGAUAACGCACAGGCGCUUUUGGCCCUUGGCCUGCCAGAGGCCUUAAUGCCUCCCAUCUCCUUGACUCCUGCCUCCCCACAGCCCCGAGAGUCAGGGGCUUCUUCCUCCUGGGUCACAGGGUGGAAGUCAGCUCAGACAGGUGAAGUCACUUGGCCAAGGUCACGUCGCUGGGAGGUGGGGCAGCCAGGGUUCGAACCCCCGACCCUCUGACUGGCCGUGCAGGUGCCUGGAGGGUUGUGGGAGAGCUGGGGAGAGACUCUGAGGGUUUGUUCACAGCAGGAGGCCUCGAAGCCGCUCCACCCCACUCAGCCCUGCUGGCCUAGCCUCCUCACCCAGACCCUGCCCUUGCCCCUUGGUGCCCUGGGCCCCUGGCGCCGCUGUUGUGUAACCCUGCAGGGUAGGAUGGGUGGGACAGUGGCUGCUGCCGCUCCGGAGCUCCGUCCUCAGCCCCAGCGUGCUCUGGGCUCUGCGCUGGGUGGGCUGACCCCGGGCCCACCUGCCCCACUUCCCCUCUCCUCCCCAGAUGUUGUCACCACUGGCUCUUUCUUCAUCCCGGCCUUGCCUGGACUCUACCCCCUCAAGCCUCCGUGUGAGGUGAGGCGGCAGGGGCUUCCCAGGGCCCGUGUCCCCGGCAGAAGGCAGCCAGAGCUGGGCGCGGGCAGAUAAGGCUCUAGGAAUCACUUCAAAGACCGCCUCUGGGACUGAUGACUCCCAGUCUGCAGCCCAGGGAGCAAAGUUCAGGCUUGGCUGCUGGCUGGCCCGCCUCGCUGCCCUCAGGCUCCGUGACGUGUAGUCCUGAGCCCGAGAGAGGGGCUGCCGCUGCGGCUGAGAGAGGAGAGGAGAGAGGAGGAUAUCCCAGUCUGAGUUUCCCUUCCCCCACCCACUCUCCCUCCCAGCCUCCGGCAUGUGGAGAGCCGGCUCUACCCUUAUCCUUAUUUUCUCAAAGGCUGACCGCUCCGGCUUGCUGUUUCUGGGACUAGGAUAACGAAUUAUUCUUCCUGCACCUCAAUUUUAUCAGCUGUACUAUGGAGCUGUGUAAUCACGCGCAGUCCGUUUCGGAGGGUUGGGAGGAGUCUCAGGGAUAAUGCAUGUAAAUGUAGUGUGAGCCUCGGUGCUGAUGUGAGGGACGCCGCCAGUGAGAGCUGGAGAGGUGAUGAUAAUCAUGGAACCUGCGUGUCUUUCUCGACUCUGGAUGCAGCAUCCCGAUGGUCCGGGAUCUUUGCCACACAAAUGCCCGGAGCUUGCUUCUGAUCCCACCCUGGAGCCAGAAUUCCUGAGGUUGGGGCCAGCCCUCCUGUUCCUGGGGCCUGUCAGGAUGGGGCCCCUGAGGCCCACCCCAGGCCCUGGGGGCCAGCGGUGGCAGCUUCCCCCCUUCCUGCUGGCUCUGCUGCUCCUGCUGGCUCCGUCCCCAGGCCACGCCACGCAGGUCCUGUACAAGGUGCCGGAGGAGCAGCCGCCCAACACGCUCAUCGGGAGCCUGGCCGCUGACUACGGGUUCCCAGACGUGGGCCACCUGUACAAACUCGAGGUGGGCGCCCCGUACCUGCGGGUGGACGGCAAGACGGGCGACAUCUUCACCACCGAGACCUCAAUCGACCGCGAGGGCCUGCGGGAGUGUCAGAACCAGCUCCCGGGGGAGCCGUGCAUCCUGGAGUUCGAGGUGUCCAUCACGGACUUGGUGCAGAAUGGGAGCCCCCGGCUGCUGGAGGGCCAGAUCGAGGUGCUGGACAUCAACGACAACACGCCCAACUUCGCCUCGCCCAUCAUCACGCUGCCCAUCCCCGAGAACACCAACAUCGGCUCGCUCUUCCCCAUCCCCGUGGCCUCGGACCGCGACGCGGGGCCCAAUGGCGUGGCCUCCUAUGAGCUGCAGGCCGGGCCCGAGGCACAGGAGCUGUUCGGGCUGCAGGUGGCCGAGGACCAGGAGGGGAAGCAGCCGCAGCUCAUCGUCAUGGGCAACCUGGACCGGGAGCGCCUGGACACCUACGACCUCACCAUCAGGGUGCAGGACGGCGGCAGCCCCCCUCGGGCCAGCAGUGCCCUGCUGCGGGUCACCGUGCUCGACACCAACGACAACGCCCCCAAGUUCGAGCGACCCUCGUACGAGGCCGAGCUGUCGGAGAACAGCCCCAUUGGCCACUCGGUCAUCCAGGUGAAAGCCAAUGACUCGGACCAAGGGGCCAACGCCGAGAUCGACUACACCUUCCACCAGGCGCCUGAAGUGGUGCGGCGCCUCCUGCGGCUGGACAGGAACACGGGGCUCAUCACGGUGCAGGGCCCCGUGGACCGGGAGGACCUCAGCACCCUGCGCUUCUCGGUGCUGGCCAAGGACCGAGGCACCAAUCCCAAGAGCGCCCGCGCCCAGGUGGUGGUGACCGUGAAGGACAUGAACGACAACGCACCCAGCAUCGAGAUCCGGGGCAUCGGGCUGGUGACGCACCAGGACGGGAUGGCCAACAUCUCGGAGGACGUGGCGGAGGAGACGGCGGUGGCUCUGGUGCAGGUGUCCGACCGAGACGAGGGCGAGAACGCCGCUGUCACCUGCGUGGUGGCGGGCGACGUGCCCUUCCAGCUGCGCCAGGCCAGCGAGACGGGAAGCGACAGCAAGAAGAAGUACUUCCUGCAGACCACCACCCCGCUGGACUACGAGAAGGUCAAGGAUUACACCAUCGAGAUCGUGGCUGUGGACGCGGGCAACCCCCCGCUGUCCAGCACCAACUCGCUCAAGGUGCAGGUGGUGGACGUGAAUGACAAUGCGCCCGUGUUCACCCAGAGCGUCACGGAGGUGGCCUUCCCGGAAAACAACCAGCCGGGGGAGGUGGUCGCCGAGGUCACGGCCACUGACGCUGACUCGGGCUCCAACGCGGAGCUGGUGUACUCGCUGGAGCCGGAGCCGGCCGCCAAGGGCCUCUUCAGCAUCUCGCCGGAGACGGGCGAGAUCCGGGUGAAGACUUCCCUGGAUCGGGAGCAGCGAGAUAGCUACGAGCUAAAGGUGGUGGCCGCCGACCGGGGCAGCCCCAGCCUGCAGGGCACGGCCACCGUGCUGGUCAACGUGCUGGACUGCAAUGACAACGACCCCAAGUUCAUGCUGAGUGGCUACAACUUCUCUGUGAUGGAGAACAUGCCGGCGCUGAGCCCGGUGGGCAUGGUGACCGUCAUUGACGGGGACAAGGGGGAGAACGCCCGGGUGCAGCUCACCGUGGAGCAGGACAAUGGGGACUUCGUGAUCCAGAACGGCACGGGCACCAUCCUGUCCAGCCUGAGCUUCGACCGGGAGCAGCAGAGCACCUACACCUUCCAGCUGAAGGCCGUGGACGGGGGCGUCCCGCCGCGCUCGGCUUACGUCGGCGUCACCAUCAACGUGCUGGAUGAGAACGACAACGCGCCCUACAUCACGGCCCCGUCCAACGCCUCCCACCGGCUGCUGACCCCGCAGACACGGCUCGGCGAGACAGUCAGCCAGGUGACGGCCGAGGACAUUGACUCCGGGGUCAACGCCGAGCUCACCUACAGCAUCGCGGGGGGCAACCCUUACGGACUGUUCCAGAUCGGGUCGCACUCGGGGGCCAUCACCCUGGAGAAGGAGAUCGAGCGGCGUCACCACGGCCUGCACCGGCUGGUGGUCAAGGUCAGCGACCGCGGCAAGCCCCCGCGCUACGGCACGGCCUUGGUCCACCUCUACGUCAACGAGACGCUGACUAACCACACGCUGCUGGAGAUGCUGCUGGGCCACAGCCUGGACACGCCGCUGGACAUCGACAUCGCCGGCGACCCCGAGUACGAGCGCUCCAAGCAGCGCGGCAACAUCCUCUUCGGCGUGGUGGCCGGCGUGGUGGCCGUGGCCUUGCUCAUCGCCCUGGCCGUGCUCGUGCGCUACUGCCGGCAGCGGGAAGCCAAGAGCGGCUACCAGGCCGGCAAGAAGGAGACCAAGGACCUGUACGCGCCCAAGCCCAGCGGCAAAGCCUCCAAGGGCAACAAGAGCAAAGGCAAGAAGAGCAAGUCCCCGAAGCCCGUGAAGCCCGUGGAGGACGAGGACGAGGCGGGGCUGCAGAAGUCCCUCAAGUUCAACCUCAUGAGCGACGCCCCCGGGGACAGCCCCCGCAUCCACCUGCCCCUCAACUACCCUCCCGGCAGCCCCGACCUGGGCCGCCACUACCGCUCCAACUCCCCGCUGCCCUCCAUCCAGCUGCAGCCACAGUCGCCCUCGGCCUCCAAGAAGCACCAGGUGGUGCAGGACUUGCCGCCCGCAAACACGUUCGUGGGCACCGGGGACACCACGUCCACGGGCUCUGAGCAGUACUCCGACUACAGCUACCGCACCAACCCCCCCAAAUACCCCAGCAAGCAGUUACCUCACCGCCGAGUCACCUUCUCCGCCACCAGCCAGGCCCAGGAGCUGCAAGACCCGUCCCAGCACAGCUACUACGACAGCGGCCUGGAGGAGUCGGAGACGCCGUCCAGCAAGUCUUCCUCGGGGCCCCGGCUCGGCCCCCUGGCCCUGCCCGAGGACCACUACGAGCGCACCACCCCCGAUGGCAGCAUAGGAGAGAUGGAGCACCCCGAGAACGACCUGCGCCCUCUGCCUGACGUCGCCAUGACGGGCACGUGCACCCGGGAAUGCAGCGAGUUUGGCCACUCCGACACGUGCUGGAUGCCCGGCCAGUCGUCCCCCAGCCGCCGCGCCAAGAGCAGCGCCCUCAAACUCUCCACCUUCGUGCCUUACCAGGACCGAGGAGGGCAGGAGCCUGCGGGCGCCGGCAGCCCCAGCCCCCCGGAAGACCGGAACACCAAAACGGCCCCCGUGCGCCUCCUGCCCUCCUACAGUGCCUUCUCCCACAGUAGCCAUGAUUCCUGCAAGGACUCGGCCGCCUUGGAGGAGAUCCCCCUGACCCAGACCUCGGACUUCCCGCCCGCAGCCACUCCGGCGCCCGCCCCGACGACGACGGCCAAGCGCGAGAUCUACCUGUGAGCCCCCUGCUGGCCGGCCGGCCCCCACCCGCCCCAGCCGCCGGCCAGUUCCCCGGACGGGCCCAUUCCAGGGCCCCCCGCCUGCCCCCUCCAGCGCGGACUUGCUGGCCAUGCCCUGGGUGGGGGGGAGAACGGGCCUCCAGCCAUGCUGGCCCUUCCCCCACACAGGGUCCAGGGCCCCCCUCACUUCAUUCCCCCAGCCCCGGGAGCCCCUGCUUCCCCCUGAGGGGGCUCCCCGCAGCUCACGCCCACCAGGGCUCCCCUACAAUGCCGACGCUCCCUUCCCUGACUUCAGGGAGCACCCCACCCUCGGGGCCGGCGGUGGGGUCAGAGGCGGUGGCCCACUUGCUACUCAUCACUCCCCACGGGUGGGCUGGCCAGGGCAGGGUGGGUCCCCCAUUCCGCCCCAGAGCAGGGCUGAACUGGAGGGGCCCUCUCCCUGGGGCCCCCUCCCCCCCUGAGGAAACUCUUGACCGCCAGGAGCUCCCCGAAGGGCUGACGUUACCAAAGGUGGGGCGGGGAACGGGGUGGGAGCGGCCGGGCCUCGUCUUCCGCACUGCUCCUGGGCUGGCCCCCCCGCCUGCCACAGGCCCCAGCCUGCUCCCCCCGGGCGCCCCCUUCCCUGCCGGUCACGCAGUGUCUGUACAUAAGGACCUUGGAAUGAUGUCCCCAUUUCUGCCUGAUUUGCAACUUUUCUUGUUGAUGUUGUGUUGUCUUGGGGGACCCCUCUGGGGGGGGGAAACCUGCCCUGUGCCCCCUCCUCCCUGCCGCAGUGCCCCCCCCACUCCAGGCCUCUACUGUUCCAUGUUGUAAAUACCCCUGGGGCCGUGGCGGGGUGGGGGUGCAGGCCAGGGAAACAGCGGGUGGGUUGGGGUGGGGACGGGGGUAACAUUCGCCUAUCAGCAGAGCUGGGCUUUUAUUUAAUUUUUUUUUAAAGAAUACAAAUCUCUAUUUUUUUGGAACUGUUGCGCUGUGCCCUGGGGGGGAAUCCCCGCUCAGGCUGGCCCCCCCCAUCCAGAUGAGCAUCACGGAGGGGCCCUGAGGCUGCAGGGGGCAGCUGGACAGGGGUGGGAUGACUGUGCCUCUGGCCUGGUUCGGGGAGCUGGGAGCAGGAAGGUUUGCUCAGGGGGUGCCGGUAGCCGUCCCCCUCGCAGGGCUGGCGCCCUGCCCCUCCCUGCGCCCACCCCCAUCCCCUGCCAUGACCCGUCAGCCUGUAAAACCACCAUUGCCUUGAUCUCAGGGGGUGGGAAGGGCUGCCUCAGGGCACCCUGGGCUCCAGGCCCCCUUCUUCCAGUUGGGCUUCCCUUUGCCAGGGUCGGGUCCCGUGGGGCAGUGGGUCUGGGGGCCGAGAAGCCCAGUCAGCCAUGAUGAGGUGGGGGGGUUCCUUCACCUCAGGGGGCCGGGGUGUGAGGGGCACCCUGCAGGGCCCCCGUCUCCCACUGUGGCCAUCUCAGAGCCUCAGACCCUCUUCCAGAAGCCCCACUGCCUUGGCCCAUACCUCUCCAGCUCCCCCGGGGGCCCGGGCUGGGGGGCUGGAGACUCAGGGUAUGGCCCUGGCUUGACUUCGUCUAAGCUGGGGGCUACAGGGGGGUGGCGGCGGCCGGGGUGUGAGAGGGGUGGGGGCCAGGCUGCUGGCUUGUCUGGUGCCUUUGGGAGCUGUGCUGCUGGGGUCUUGACUCCCGUCAUCCCAGAGACCCACCUCCACCCCCAGAAAAGCCAGGGGACUCAAGCUCCCCCCAUCCUCUGCUCCUCACCCCGCUGGCUUGGCGGAACGGUGCCGGCAGGCGAGCACUGUUCGGCUGGGCCCCCACGUCUGCAGCCCUUCCCUGGAAGGCUGGUGGGCACCGUGGGCCGGGGUGGCGGCAACCAGGUCUAGGGGUCGGCCAAAGGCUCCUUUCCCUGGGGGAGGCCCAGAAGUGGGCUGGGGCUUGUUCAGGAGACGGCCCCUCCCCCCUGCACAAACGGGGUGGGUGCAAUAGUGGAGCGGGAGACAGGAGGUGCCCGGCGGGCAGGUGGGGGCCGGAGAUCAGGAUUCUGGCAGGAAGAUUGUAUGGGGCCCCUUUGCUUGGUGGGGAAGGGGGUCCAGCCAGGAGGCCAUCCUGGGGUUGGUGGACCCCACCCCCUGGAAGCUCCUGGAGGCCGAGGCAGCCCGCCCUGGCCCGGGAGACCCCUGAGCACCAAGCAGAAGGGUGGAGGAGCACUUUGCACAAUGGAGAAGCCAGAAGGAAGCGGGUGGCCCAGAGGGCUGGGGGGGGGUGGCGCUGAAAAGCACAGAGGAGGGACCCUUCCUGCAGCCAAGGCCCAGCCCCCACAACCCCAGUGGGGUGGGGCGCUGAACCCAGCACACCUGGGCGCUCCAGAGGUGAAACCAAAGGUGGGCGGGGGAUGGGUGGCAGCACCAGGGACCCCCCUCUUGGUCCUAGGUCUGCCCUGCUCUUCCCCAAUGCCUUUGUCGCGCGUACAGUUUUAUGUACAACUAGGCGGCAUUUGGCCAGAGGAGACCCCCCCAACCCCAGCCUGACCCGGUCAGUGUCUUCCUAAAGGGGACCACGUUGGUCCCCGACCCCUGCGCCUGAGCACCCCCCAGCUCGAGGCUUAGGGGAAGGGUAUGUGGGAACUUGUUUCUCUCCUCGGGUCCUCCGAGUGUCUCACAUCCCCCGGGGGAGAAUCUCGGGGCACCCCUCACCUCUAGGGGGGCUCUGUGGGCCCCAUCUCUCCCCUUUGGGAGUCUGCGGGGCAGGUGGGUUCCCCCAGGGGACCAUGGGAGCUCGUCUCCCCCCACCCCCCCUCCCCUGCUCUCUGGGAGCCUCUUCCUCCCAGGGCUCCUGGGAGUGCUAAGGCAUGUCCGUCUACAGCACCCCUCUUCCCAGGGAAGGGGGGCACGUUGGGAAGCAUGUCUGGGAAGGGAUGUUUCUGGUCCCCCCCACCCCCAGCUCCAGUGGGGGUGUCUCUGACCCGCAGCACUUUGGGGGCCAGCCGGUGCAGCUCGGAGCUGUCUCCUAGGGGCGCUGGGACAUCUCUCCCAAAGCCCACCCCCGCCCCCACGGGCCUCCGGAGCCAUUUUCCCCGGCGGGGUGCGGGUGGGGGGCUGACCCCGCCCGGGGUCGGCGAGGGCCGUGUGGGCCAUGAGAAAGUCUCUUAGGGGGCCUCUCCGCGGGGGACUUCUCUGGGAGGGGGGACUGUGUCCUGCCCAAGGGGCUCCCGGAGCGGAGUCCACCCGUGGGGGGCGGGGGGAGACUGUGUCUCCUCGGGUUACUGAGUGGGGAGGGGGGCCGUGUCUCUCUCGUGUGUCGGGGGGUGGGGGUCGGGGAGGGGGGUUCUGGGCGCGUCGGGUGCCCACUCUGGGGUCGUGUUUCUCUCGGUUCGUGCCCCUUCCCACCGCCUCGCUCCUCCCGGGAAGGGCCCCGCCCCGCCCCGCUCCACCCCGUCCCCGGCGCUGCGAGCACAAUCCCCGUUGAUUUGUAAUGAUUUCUGUCUCUUUCUGUCUUUCUCUUUCUCUGACACCCCCCCACCUCCGCCGCGAGCAUGCGCAGGCACCGCCCCGAUUCCCCCCCCACCACCUCCGGUUCGGUUCGUUUCCGGUUUGUUUGCUGAGCUGUCAAUGAAAGACCCAUGUAAUUACUCCCGAGCUUUACAAUAAAAGUGUGAAAACCGGA